UGGGGUGGUAUCUCUCAGAUGGACCUGGUAGUCGGCCAGCGAGCAGCAUGGAGGCACCCUGGGGGAUCGUCAACGCUGAGCGGAGCUGGUACGUCUCUGCCCAGCAGCCUGAAGAGGCGGAGGCGGAAGACUUGCGACCGUUGCUAAGCAACGAAAUUUACAGACAGGGAUCCCCAGGUGUUUCAUUUGGUUUUUCUGUGUUUAAUCUGACGAAUGCCAUCAUGGGAAGUGGCAUCCUUGGCUUAGCUUAUGUUAUGGCUCAUACUGGCAUCCUUGGAUUUAGUUUUUUGCUGUUGAUAGUUGCUCUCCUGGCUUCUUACUCAGUUCACCUCCUGCUUAGUAUGUGCAUUCAGACAGCUGUGACAUCUUAUGAAGAUCUUGGACUCUUUGCAUUUGGAUUACCUGGAAAGGUGGUGGUAGCCGGCACCAUCCUGAUUCAGAAUAUUGGAGCUAUGUCAUCUUAUCUUUUAAUUAUUAAAACAGAGCUUCCUGCUGCUAUUUCAGAAUUUUUGUCUGGAGACCAUACUGGGUCUUGGUAUCUUGAUGGGCAAACACUACUAAUAAUCAUUUGUGUUGGCAUUGUGUUCCCUCUUGCGCUUCUUCCUAAAAUAGGCUUUCUUGGCUACACAAGCAGUUUAUCAUUUUUCUUUAUGGUGUUCUUUGCUCUCGUGGUAAUAAUUAAAAAGUGGUCCAUUCCUUGUCCUCUGCCAUUAAAUUAUGUAGAGCAAUAUUUCCAGAUUUCAAAUGCUACAGAUGAUUGUAAACCAAGGCUCUUUCAUUUCUCCAAAGAGAGUGUUUAUGCCAUACCUACCAUGGCUUUUUCAUUUCUCUGCCAUACCUCCAUAUUGCCAAUAUACUGUGAACUUCAAAGCCCUUCAAAGAAAAGAAUGCAAAAUGUAACCCAUACAGCAAUUAUUUUAAGUUUUCUCAUUUAUUUUGUAUCUGCACUCUUUGGGUACCUCACUUUUUAUGACAAAGUGGCAUCAGAAUUACUGCAAGGUUAUAGCACAUACUUGCCCCAUGAUGAUGUUGUAAUGACUGUGAAGUUAUGCAUACUAUUUGCUGUGCUUUUGACAGUCCCUCUAAUCCACUUCCCUGCACGGAAAGCUUUAAUGAUGAUAUUUUUCUCCAACUUUCCAUUCUCAUGGAUUCGCCAUUCUUUGAUCACUCUAGCACUCAAUAUUAUAAUUGUUUUGCUUGCAUUAUAUGUUCCUGACAUUAAGAAUGUAUUUGGUAUAGUUGGUUCCAGUACAUCAACAUGUCUGAUUUUUGUAUUCCCAGGACUAUUUUAUCUUAAACUUAGCAGAGAGGAUUUUCUCUCAUGGAAAAAGCUUGGGUUGCCUAUUUGGAAUCACAGCUCCCCAAGAGUUUGGAGGAAACUAAUAAAAUGGCAGCUUGUGAAGCUGUCAAUCAAGGUGAGCAAUUCUGAGAAGCAGAAAGACUCAUCUUGGCUGAUGGCCAGAUGGACAGGUGGAAGUGAGAGGGAGUUUUCUUAUGGCUCUAAUGACCACCAUGUGAAAGUUGUGCCCUUUACAUGUGAGCUGUUCCUGGGAGAGGAGGUGGUGUGACUGAUAUUCUGAGGAGAGAUGCUGGCCAUUGCUGUCGCUCUUCCAGAUUCCGUAUAAUCUUUGCUCAGCGCAGCCAAUCUUUGGAUCUGUUCUCAGGUUUGUUUAGUUUGAAUGAUCAGUGUGAGGACUGCAGCUGAUGCCAGACUUGGGUCCAGUACCCUUCAUAUCCUAAAAUUUCAUAUCCUAAAAACAUGGAUAACACAUUUUUAUACCAUUUAGUACAAAUUAUCUAAAUAAAAAUCUAUUCUCCAUGAGUUUUUCCCAACUUUAUAUUAUGAACAACUUCAAAUAUACAUCUGAGUUGGAAUAAUAUGUCCAUAUACCCACCACUGAAAUUUAACAUUUGUUCAUAGUUGUUUUGCUAUAUAUAUAAAUAUAUAAAUAUAUAUGUGGGUACCAAAACAACUAUGAACAAAUGUCAAGUUUAUAUGUGAUAUAUAAAAAUAUGUAAAUGUGUAUGUUUGAUGAAUGAUUUGCAAGUAAGUUGCUGAUAUUCCAUUGAGUAGUAAAUAAAGCCGAAAAUUAGUUUUGUAAAUACUAUCCUCUGUGAACAAAUCUAUUUUAAAUGUUUCACAACCGUGUUCCCCCAACAAAUUAUAUCUCUUUCUCCAAAAGGAUAAGCAGCUGUUUCACGGCAUCUUUUCCUCAAAUGCCAAAAGACUUCUAUCCAUGGAAGAACAAGGUUUAAGGGAGGGGAAGCAACUGGCAUUCUAAAUUUCUCCUC